AUGUUCCUCUCCUCCCGAAAAUCCGCAUGGCUAGCCGCGAGCUUGAUCAUUCCAACCAUCAUUGCUCAAGACUCUAGUCCCGGCGGCCCAGUUCACCCAGGCCAGCCAGAGAACUGCAAUGGAUGGCAUACUGUUGUCUUGAACGACAACUGCCAAAGCGUGUCUCAGCGCUACGGUAUCUCCCUGGAGCAGUUUUUCCAAUGGAAUCCUGCUGUCUCCUCAGAUUGCCAAAACAACUUCUGGCUUGAGUCGGCUUAUUGUGUGAGGGUGGGGAGGGUUACUCCCAAACCUAGCACUUCUACUCCUAUCUCCACGCCUAUCUCGACUCCCAUUUCCACUUCUAGGACGAUAUCACAGUCAAGUAUCAACUCGGCCUCCAAGACUCCGACCACCUCGUACAACUCGGAGUACUCAACACUGCAUCCUGUUACUUCAUGGAAUAUCUCAGCCACCAGUACCAACACAGCGUGGCCACCCUCCAAAACACUCGCAGGCCAAACAGCAAUCUGCAACGCAUGGCAUCGCGUGACCCCUGGGGACACAUGUCAGCGAAUGUUGAACAGGUUUGGCAUCCAGUCAAUUGACCUCUUUCUGAGCUGGAAUCCUGCCGCUAAGGCCGACUGCGAGAUGCUUAUCGCUGAUUACUAUGUCUGUGUUGGUGUCCAGCGGCAAGUUGGCAACACUGAUCUUGAAUGGGAGAUGCCCCAGCCCGAGUUCACUCCACCUCCAGAGCCAACCACUUAUAUUCCUGUUACACUGCCUACGGCUGACUCGAGCUUCACGCCAAGCCCCUCCCAUGGGCCCAUGCCUUCCAACUGCAAAGUUUUCCACCGAGCUGCAGCUGACCAAAACUGCAACGACAUUGUCAGAUUAUAUGGCUACUUCUCGCAACAGCAGUUCUUCGCGUGGAACCCAGUUCUCAAUGGCAACUGUCAAGGUCUCUGGCUUGACACGUGGUAUUGCGUCGGUGCAUACUCUGACAAUACACUCCCACUGCCAGCCCACCAGACCACCAAACCAAAUGAGGGCAACAUUCCAGCAGGGUAUCCUGCAGAUUGCACACGAUGGUACCAGACAACGGAUGGUGAUAGAUGCGGACUUAUCGUUCAGAUGUUCGGCAGCUUCAAUAUGGCCGACUUUGUAAAGUGGAAUCCAUCCGUUUACAGUGACUGCAACGGCAUCGUGUCGGAGGCGUGGUACUGUGUAGGCCGUCCAGGCACGCCAACAACACGUACUGAAGGUGCACCAUCGCCUACACAGGGUAUACCCGGCACACGACCCACACAGUCAGGCAUCGCCUUGGCGUGUACCAACUUUUGGCUUGUUGGUGCUGGAGAUACCUGCGACAGCAUCUCGCGUCAGGCUGGUAUUUCUUUGGAAAAUUUCCACAGCUGGAACAAAGCAAUCACCGCAGGCUCAUGCGCUGGGCUCUCUGCCAACUAUUACGUUUGUAUUGGCGUUGAUGGACAAGGGGGUGGCCAGUCACCGACUAGUAUUGGGACAACGUCGAGAGCCUCUUCACCCCAGCCGACGACCCCGACGACGACACCAACAACAACCUCAAGGACAACUCCGACGACAACACCAACUCCAGCGCCAAUAAAAACACCUUCGCCUGUCCGCGAGGGCAUGGCGAAGAACUGUGUGCGGUUCUAUCUGCAGCAGCCUGGCGAUCUUUGCUGGGCUAUGGCGUCCGGUGCUGGCAUUUCUUUGACUCAAUUCUACGAAUGGAACCCCGCCGUGGGAAGUGACUGCCAGAACCUGUGGCCGGAUUACUUUUACUGCAUUGGUGUGAGCGGUACCGCGACGACCAUCACUCGGGGACCACCUGUACCCACGUAG